GUGUUAUUUGCAGUCAUAUAAACUUCAUAUGCAGGCCUGUGCAGAUGUUUCAUUGGCAUCUGUUGUCCUAUUCCCAAUGGCAAUGAAUGCGGUGGUCUCCUCCUGGACACUGAGUGUCACCGUAUUGAGAGCAGAAAACAUUCGCUCAACAGACUUUUGGUCUGAGGAUGAUUGCUAUGUCACCCUGACUUUCCCACCUGCAAUUGUUUUUAAGACGCAUACUGUGGCCAACAGCAAAAACCCAGAGUGGAACAAAACCUUUCAUUUCAAGCUCUACAGUAAUCUACAGAAUACUCUUCAGAUACAUUUGUAUGAUGAGGACCCCAUGUAUGACGAUGUGAUUCAAAGAAUCAUGUUUGAUAUCAGCACUCUCAAAGUGGGGACGACGGAAAUCAAGGAAUUUGCCAUCCAACCUCAGGGCAAACUUUGGAUAUCCUUUGAGCUGCAAGAGAGUAAUGUGAACGCCGUCAGUCCCCGUAAAGAUUGUCACUUGGUGAAGGAAGUGGUUUCUUACUGGAUAUUAAAUGUGACCAUCCUAAAAGCCAAAAUGAGCUAUUCCAGUGAUUACUUUUCAGAGUCAGACUUCUAUGUCACUCUUCAUCUCCCUACGGUGACUGCAAGUACAUUCAACACGAAAACAGUGCACAAUAAGUGCAAUCCAGUGUGGAAUGAAACAUUCACCUUCAGAGUCCCCUCCCAUCUGAAAAAUGUUUUAGAAAUGAGGCUGCAUGACAAAGACCCGAUUUCUGAGGAUGACCUCAUUUCAACCAUUCUAUUUGACCUCAGCAACCUCACAACUGGGAAGAAAGAAACAAUGACAUUCACCUUAAAUCCAGAGACAACUGACCACAUUUCAAUACAGUUUGAGAUGCUCCACAGUGAGGAACCCUCUUGUGAAUAUCUCAGCAAUGGCAUCCUCCUGGCUGCGCCGUUCUCUGCUUUGGACAUCAAUGUUGACAAGCUACUAAACAAUUCUGAUUUUCUGGGUAAAGUGAUGAAGCUUCGGGGAGCCUGUCCUGAGAAUCAGACUUUUUUGGCUGAGGAAAUCACCAAGAUGCGUUUCUACAUCAACAGAGACUUGGAGACUGAACUCGGAGUCUCAUCCUCUGCUGAUGAUAUCAACUUGAAUUCUAUAAGGCUUCAGCCACUACCACCUGAACACAAAAGAAAAAUUUCCCUUGUCAUUGAUAAGGACACAGUGGACUUAAAUGUUGAGACACAUGAAUGCAACGACAACGAUAUUGCAGUUCGUUUGGAUUUUGACAUUCCACAACAAGAGAAAGAGUAUUUGAAGAAGAGAAAGCUCAUUGUGGGGCAGAAAAUGCAACAGCUCUUUGGCCUAGAUUCUCCACCAUCACCAGAUCAGGUGCCAACUAUAGCAUUGGUGGGUUCAGGGGGAGGAUCCAGAGCAAUGACAGGCCUGCUUGGUAGUUUGAAAAGCCUGGAGGAAAUACAAUUCCUAGAUACUGUCUCUUAUAUCACUGGAGUAUCUGGAUCAACUUGGGCUAUGACUGCCUUGUCCAAAGAAGAAAACUGGUCACAGGACGGCAUAGACAGUACCAUCGCUGAACUAAGAAAAGAGCUCUGUAAGAGUGUCCUGAGUGUGUUCUCUCCGGAGAAACUGAAAUAUUAUAAGCAAGAAAUGAAAGAAAAAAUGAACGAAGGGCACAUUGUGUCACUUACUGAUAUGGCAGGCCUGGUUUAUGAACAGAUUGUUUUUGGGAAGAAAAUUACCAGUACCCUCUCUGAGCAGCAGAGGACAGUAAAUGAAGGCCAAAACCCUUUCCCCAUAUACACUGCUGUCAAUAUGAAGGAGAAGAGUGGCUUUCAUUCAGAAGCUGAGUGGUGCGAAUUUACCCCCUAUGAGGUUGGCUUUCUAAAGUAUGGGACUUUUGUGCGAGCUGAAGACUUCGGCAGUCAGUUCUUCCUGGGUCAUCUUGUCAAAAAACUUCCAGAGGUCCGGAUACCUUAUCUGAUUGGAAUAUGGAGCAGUUGCUUCUCAGUCAAUCCGACUCAACUAUUCAUGCUCGCCACUGGUUCGGAAGCGGAGUCUGACUCCUGGUUUGGGCCAGAUAUCGACAACAUAGAGACUGAUGAUGAUCCUUCAACUCUUGACACACACCUCAUAGAUCCAUCCACAGAUGUAUCCAGAAUCAUCAGUGAUUUCUUGAGGAAUCGUCCAAUUAGUUCUAAAGUACACAAUUUCAUGAAUGGUCUCCAUCUGCACACAAACUACAAUGCAAAUAGCAACUUCACAGCAUGGAAAGAAACACACAUUGAUGCAUUUCCAAACUUACUGACGCCCAGCGACUCCAUUCUCCAGCUCAUUGAUUCUGGUCAUCACAUAAAUGUUGCCUGUGCCCCCGUCCUACGUCCCGAGAGAGAAGUGGACGUUAUCAUAUCCCUUGAUUAUUCCUGGAAUCCAGACAACAUCUUCAGGGUGAAAGAACUAAAGAUGACAGCAGCUUACUGCAAAGACCAUGACAUCCCCUUCCCUCAUGUCGAUUUUACCACUCUGGAAGAAGCACCUAAGAAGGAGGUUUAUAUCUUUGAAGAUAUGGAGAAUCCCAAGGCACCGAUUGUGAUUCACUUCCCACUUGUCAAUAUUUCAUUCAAACAGUUCAAACAACCAGGCGUAAGGCGCAAAACUGCGGAAGAAAUAAAAGCUGGAGAAGUGGACGUGCACAGCAGCAACUCUCCAUUCACCACUGGGAAUCUCACCUACUCCGAGGAAGAUUUUGACUCUCUGGUGCAGUUGACAUUUUAUAAUGUCGCCAACAACAAGGAAGCCAUCAUGGAUACAUUGCACAAGGUCUUGAAAGCUAAAAUUGCAUGAGAUCGAGGGAAAUAAGUCAGACAUGAAAAUUCUUGAUGGUUGAACUUAUAAAUACUGCAUUACGAUGUCUUAGUCCAAUGAUUGCUUUUCAAAUCUCAUUUCCAUUAAACUUUGAUAGGUUUUAGGCGCAUUGGCCAUCAAAUACUACACUAUACAAAUACUACUAUUAGUGAGGAUCGAGAUUUUUAUUUUCCGUUUGAGUUAAAUAUGCAUUGGGUGCAUUAAUAGAGCAAUCCGCCUCCCAGAAGUACCCUCAUCACGAAAUUAGCCUGGUAACCGGAACAAAUGUGGUGCUCCUGGAUGUUCUUUGACUUUGUUCAACAGAUUGGCAUUUGGUGGGCUGUUCUAGUUCUGCAUGUUCAUGAGAUCCCUUCUAAAACUACAAAUCAAACUGUGGCCUUGGACUUUUGCACAGUACUGUAGUACUGUAGAAUUUACACAAAUAAGGCUGCUUUGCCGCCUGACAGUCUUAGGGAGACAAUGGGAUUUAAAAUGGAAUUACGGUAUUUAAUUAUGUAGUUAAUGUUUAGUUACUAGUUGUUGGAGGAAUGCUAGUCGACUUGCUGGUUAAUGUCAAGGUUCGCUCCAUGUUGGAUGGAGGCAGCAAUUGAUUUUACGCACUCAUUUUAUUUACAUGAUAAAAGUAUAAGUUCAGAUAGAGCCCAGUAGGGUAAAAAAAAUAAUAAUAAUAACCUAAAAUGUUUGUACUUAAUUACUUGACUCCUUUGUAUAUUGUACACUAUAAUUCUUCUGGCCCAGACAUAAGACUUCAGCAUCUUACUUGCAUUCUUGUGUCCAGUCUUGUAUACUCUAGUGCUCACCAUUAGACAUUAAAAACAUUUGAGCUUUGAAUUACCAAGGGAAAUAUUAGUUAUUAAAAUGGAACUCUCCUAAAAAGUAUUUGAACAGUACAGAAGUACACUGUAAACCCGGUGUUAGAAAAGUAUAUGCCUUUGGACUUAUAGAAUUGAUUGUAUGUUAAUUAUAACUGCAGAUAACCUUUUGUUUCAGUGCGAAGAUAAGAUUGUUUCGCUCUCUCUCGCUCUCUGAUAUUGUAAAAUCGCGUUGCUGUGAGACAAAGCUUGAUGUCUGUGGCUCGUAGAUUGGGGGGCAGUUGCAUGAGGCAUAUGAUGACAACCUUUGCAUGUGUGUAUACAUAUGACCUUGUCUCGGGAUCGGAGAAAUAGGCAGACACUGCUUAAAAAGCACCCAUCGGGUUGGAUUUGAACUGUUUCCUUGGAUGCCAAUUUUCAAUAAAUUGUAUCUCUCAUUAUUCUCAAA